AGACCUGACAAGAGAUAUUUUCGAAUUAGUCAUGUCCUUAUGCUAAUAAGUAACUUGCAAAAAAGAUUUUUCUUCAACUCGUCUGCAAAAAAUCUCCAGCCAAAUCUAUUUCGACUUCAUAUGUGUAAGCCUUUCUCUUGCUCAACGUCACUUCUGAAAAUGAAAACAUAAAUCAUUUAGGAAGUCGACAUGAUAAGAGUAAGUAAGUUACAGAGUUACUCAAGAAACUUAAUUCCCGAAGCGAAAAUUUUUAAAAGUAUUGUGUGUGAAUGUUCUGUAAACACUUGGACACUCAAUUAUUUUCUGAUCGGAACAUUACUCGAGAAAAAUCAUAGAUAUGAAAGUGUCCGACAGGAUCUUGCUACUAAGUUUCUGUCUGUAUUAGUUAAACAUAUUUCUCAGCACUGGGCCAUUUGUAUCAUCUCAAAAAAUCACUGGGCAAUAAAUUUUCAAACACUGGGCAAUUGCCCAAUGGCCUCCCUCUGGAUACGCCAAUGCCUGUUGUGAGAAUUUUUUACCUUUCCCAUCUUCCUGGAUUUGAAGGCUAGGUGCCUCGUUGAAAUAUGUUCAGAAGCAAUAGCCCAGCCGGUUUUUGAUUAGCCUCUAUUGCCCAGUAAUCAGAAAAGUUCUGCUGGGAAUCUGCCCAGUGCUAAAAAAAUCCUGGAUACGCCACUGGGGACAACGAGCAAAGUUUUCUUUUUAAUAGAGCUGCCGGGAACCACAGGAUAUAUUUGACCCAGAAAAAUUCUUCCCUGAAAUUUAUUUGAUUAUGUGCAGUUUUUGACGUUGAUUCCGAAUAUGUUGUCUAUUUUGCUUUAGGAAUGUGCCAUGAGAAUCAAAAUCGCUAAAAAUGUUCAUUUUCUAUUGGAAAACGAUUAAAAGUCCUCAAAAAUGCGAAAGUGUUAGCUCUAUUUUGUGCCGAGGAAACACUUUUUUCUGAAUAUUUUUUUAGCAUUUUGUAGAGGAAAAAAGUUACACAACAUAUAUGAAACUCAACUCGAGCCGGCAUAAGUCUGAAACACAGCAGUAAAUACACUGUUUUAUUUGAACUGAUCAAUAGUACUCCCUUCGACUCAUAUUCGCUUUAUAAAAAUUGAGUUGAUCGACAUUACAUUAUAUCGAUAUAACUUAUUUUGUUGCGCAGUAUAUCUCAUCACCCAGUGAUCGAAACUCCUAACCGGCACCAAGAAUUUAAGAAGACAAUCAAGGGUUUGCUCACCAGUACCAUCAAAAAGUCUAUCACCAAUCUUAUUUAAUCUGACCGAAGAAGAGGAACGGAACACAAUGGAGGGACAACAGCAACAAAUCGGAAGUGAGAAUAAAGCUCAGCUAGAAGCAUUAAGUGCCGCAUUUAACACAACGAAACAGAUUGAACAGCACCUCUUACAUAAAAUAUUAGAAUUGAAGAAUCCGAGUGCUCGAAUCAAAGUGGCUUUCAUAUGUUCCGUCAUUACUUACAUCUAAAGCAAGAAUAUGGUAUGAAAAAUACAAAGCUACUAUAUUAGAUUUUGAUGAUUUUGUUCAUAAAUUAACAACGGAAUUUGGCUCAAAGGCAACUGUUACAGCAUUCAGUACAUUACCAAGCAAGCCAUCAUUAAAACUCAAAAUUUUAGAAAAACAACCAACGUCUAUUAGUGAAUUUUUAAGCUGUGCAAAAACGUUUGAACAAUUAGCUGACUUGAUGAAAAAUGAUUCGUUAGCAACAGCAACAAUGCAUGAGGUUACCCCACGUUAUGUAGCUCCACAAAGAAGAUAUGAACCACAACAGCCGCAGCAUCCAUAUCUGAAUGGAGAAUUCCAAUGUAACGAUUAUGGUCGUUUUUCCAUGGAUUUAAAUCCAUCAGUUCAAGAACAAUCUCAGAGCCGACAAACAGCCUCAGCUUCUAAUUCUGCCCAACAACCUCUUAUGGAAUCCGAAUAUAAUUCAAAAGGAAAACGAUAUUAUAUUCGAGGCAGUCAGCGUUUACAAAAUUAUACCGGUUGCUACAUUUGCAAAGCGUUAGAUCACUAUGCCCGAGACUGUAUGGAAAAUCAACAUUUUCAUUAG